GUUCAAUUUACCAUAGACUAAGUGCUAUAAAAUUUCUGCCACGUCCUGGUUUUCGAUCCUUACAAAUUGCCGGGGUACUUGGGACUCAGACGUUUCAGUUUUCUAAGCUGGUCAACCAAAGACAAACACAGCCCAGUUCGACUUCGACUUCAAGUUUAGAUCCCGAAUACUUUUAGGAGCACUUUGAAUGCCAUAUAGUUAAGGAACGGAUUGGUGAAAAGGCACUUCGAGUGCCUGUCCAUGCCAUUAAUUUCCUAUUAAAUUCAAUUCACUUUAGCAUUUUGAAGUUUCGCCCAUUGAAAAAAAAAAAAACAACCUUAUCGCAUUUACCACAGCCAGAUGGAGAUGCAGCCAAGGAAUGGAUUGGUUGGUCAAAAGUGGGCGGAAAGUCGGGCGGAAAAUGGACGGAAAGUGGGCGGAAAAAGUCGGGCGGAGGAAGCCCAAUAAGUGUCUUAUCGCCAUCUACACACGCCAGGUGGCCGAGCGGCGAACAAAAAGGAGUGACCCACGCUCAUGACUUGCUUCCUCUCAUAAAUCAAAUCAGAAGUAAGGAAAAACUACAACUGGAAAUAAAGCAGGCCACAGGAAGUCAAAACUUUGAUGGGGAAGGACAAAAAAAACUUGCAACUGGUGGAGGAGAAGCACCGAAACCAGAAACCAGAAACCAGAGACAGGAAAACUCAGCAGCAACCAAAGUGCGGCAUACUUGGCAGUUGCAUACUUGGCACAAAUAGAAUAGUGUGAAGCGAGGAUACGGAUACGGAUAUAUCUAUAUAUAUAUAUAUAUAAACACAUAUAUAUAUAUAUAUAUCCGCCACUAUAAAGACGGAGGGGAGCGAAAACGACUGGCAACAUGCCGUCGUCAGCAAUAAAUAAAACAGCACGCAGUGUUGCCAAUACGAUCCAAUUGCUGGCAAUCGUUCUCUAUUGCUGCUGUCUGGUGCAUGGACAACAGCAACAACAGCAGCAACAGCAGCAGCAACAACCACCGCAACAGCAGCAACACUUGAAGUACCAGCAAUUGCAAUAUCAAAUGCAACAGCAAUAUGAAUAUCAGCAGCAGCAGCACUACCAGCAACAGUUCCAGCAGCAGCAGCAACAGCAGCAGCAGCAGCAACAGCAACAGCAACAGCAGCAACAUCUGACACCCACGGCAACACUGGCCCACCAACAGCAACACGAUGAGCAAUUUGACUUGCUGUCCACUCAGCCAACUCAGCUCCUGCAGACGGGUGUUUCCCUAAUAGUGGAGGAUCCUAAGGCUGCUGGCGAUGCCAGUGGCAGUGGCAGUGGCAAUGGUGUCUCACAACAUCGCCGUCGUACCGCCCAGUUGGCCACUCGCAAACGGAAGCGACGCCCCCAACUUCCGCUGGCCACGAUGGGCGCCGCGGUGGAGGAGUCUGGUGUUGGUGCCAGUGCUGGUCCGGAUGCCAACUCCGCUUAUUGGCGUGGCCAUGUGGAGGACGAUGCAGAUGCCCUGCGAAGACGCAAGCAACCGUUGGUCCGGGAACCGAUGGCAGCCCUCGAAAGGGAUCGCAACGAGAGGGAGAGAGAGAGGGAGAAGCAACGCCAGAGGAUGGAACCCACGGAUGCCAGUCCGCAGGGCAGCAAUCCCAGCAAGGCCUAUCGACGUCCCUAUGGCCAGGCCAAAAAGGAACCCUCGACGGAUGGGGGCGAAGUGGCGCCAACCAAGACCGCCGUGGAUCUGAAGAAUAUCCUAAAGAAUUCGGGUGGCCUGAGUCUCAGCGAAAUCCUACAGCAGAAGAAUCUCUCGUUGGACGAUCUGCUCAAGGGCAAACAGAAUGCUCUGCUGGCACUGCAAACCACAGCGGUUGCCCCACCAGCCUCCACUUACUCCUCCUCCGCCCGAGAUGUCCCGAAGAAAUCGAGCAGCCAACAGAGUAAACAGGGAGUUCGACGACUGCCAGCUGCCUAUACCACUGCUAGCACCACUGGUCACGAUGAGGAUGAUUCCUCUUCCUCGUCGUCGUCGUCGAGCACCAAGAACAAGGCCAAAUUCCCCACAGCCCUGCAGCGUUUGAAGCUCUUUGGCAGCUCAUCGCGGGAGAACAGCAGCACCACCAGACGCAUUUUGGGGGGAAUCAAUAGCUACGGCAGCAGCACCACCAUGGCCACCAGCACCACUGACAGUGGCAGCAACACCACCACGAGCACCACCCGCGUGCCACUCUACAAGAAGCGUCAGCACUUGCGGUCCACCCUAAGGCCACCGGGACUUUAUAAGUCGUUGACCAGCACCACCCUAAGCACAAGCACAACAACCACAGCGGCGGCAGUGAGCACCACUCAGGAGAUGGAGACGAGCACCGCCUACUCCACCAGCACGGUGGUUAGCAACCUAGAGGACAGCCAAGAGGAGGAGCGGGAGAACUCCGACGAAAGGGAACGAGAAAGGGAAGAGGAGCAGGCAGAGGAGAAGCUAAAGAACGAGGAACAGGAGCAGGUGCAGGAGCAGGAGCAGGAGCUUGAUAACCAAGAGAACCAUGAGAACCAGGAUAGCCAGGAGAACCAGGACUUGGAGGACCCCGAAGAGCAGCCCGAUUCCAGGGAAGUCGAGUCUGGGGAAAGCAACCCACACACCGAGGAGCCACCACCACCUGCUCCUUCUUCUGCCCUGCCACCCGGUGGCCCACGCUAUCGUCUGAGGAACUCCAGCAUUAAGGAUAUGCAGAAGCGUCUUAAGGAUAACUUUAUAGGCGGAAAUGUGGAAAUGGAGAGUGGCGAGGAAGUGCCAAUGGAAAUGGCCAGCUCAACCAUGUCAGCCACACCGUCCUCGAAUAGGAGUGGCGAGGAGCUGAGCUACGGCGAAGACGAGCUGGAGAACUUCUUUGACGAAGUGGAGAGCCAUACGCAUCACACGCGAGUGCCAGCACCACCAGCCGAUGCACCACCGGCACAGUCACCCACACCCGUUGUUGCACCACCACCACCACCACCACCAGCAGCACCCUCUCCCUCCUUUGAACCACCAUCACCACCACCACCACCAUCACCCGCCCGUGCAGCACCACCCUCUUUGUCGGCGGGCAGACCAGCGCCGCAAUUGAACAUUAUAGACGAUGUGGACGAUCGCACCGAUCUGCUGGAGCUCAUCGAAGACCGACGGUCGGGCAAUCGGCUUUUCAAGGUCCUGGAGCAGCGCAACAUGACCCUGGAGGAGCUGAUCGAGCACCGGAAACGCGGCUCCAGCCAACUCCAUCUGUCCACCAUUGUGAGCGGCGGCGACGAGCACUCGCGUCUGUAUCCUGGCCAAAAGGUCCUGCUGCAGGACAACAUGGACAUCGUGACGGCCUUCGAGAAUUUUCCGCACUUCAAUCUGAUGGACCUGAAGAGCGUCAAGCCCGAUGAGAUCAAGACGGACUCGCAGGGCUCCAGCUACUUUACCUCCAUCAUCGACAUUGAGCCAAACGAUGAGGUCAAGCCCAUGGGAAAUCGAGGUCCCGCCUACGCGCAGACAUCUUCAUCAUCGGCGACGAUUGGAGCGGGCACGGGAACGAUAUCCAUCAAUUCGCGGGGCGAGAAGUCACUGGGAUUCUUCCCGUCGUGGAAGACCCUGGCACUGGCCUCCCUGGCCACGGCCACGGCCACCGAGGAACGGAAUCCGUACUUCCUGCCGCCGCCACGACUGCUGCUGGAUGGAAGCAGUUCGCAGGAGACAAACCAGGAGGACCAGGAACCGGACCAGAACUCACCAGGCGGUGGUGGUGGUGGUGGUGAGCCCACCAGCAUCGACAUCGACCUGAGUGUGAGUCCAUAUGGGGGCAGCAACUCCUCAUCGAUGCUGGACAACAGCCGACUGCCGCCGAGCCCCAACGAUGAUGAUGUGAUCGAUGAGAUCGAGAAUGAGGUGGCACGGGCACACGACCUCCUGGAUCUGGAGCUAUCCGGUCCCGGUUUCCAUCGCAGUCCGGCGGCAGCGGCGGCCACGUCCGCCGUAUCGCAACAGCAUCUGGGCAGCCUGUAUGCCAGCAUGCCCUCGGGCAUUCGAUCAGCGAUUGUGGCCAGCACGGCCAUUGUGAUCACCGCACUGGCCACGUUCCUGGUCAUCUUCGUGGUGUACCGCUGGAAGCAACAGCGGAGGCGGAAGAGCAGCUACCUGCGGACCUACAAUGCGAUGAAGAGCAAACUGCCGCAGAUGGUGCAACCAUCGCGUCGCUCCUCGAUGCGCCAGCACAUGGAGGAGCUGGUCGUUAGUUCCGGUUCGGGAUCGGGAUCGGGAACGGGAGUGGGAUCGGGAGCGGGCAUUGCCAGCAUCUCCACGUCGGUGGCCUGUUGUACGCCCGUCCAUCAGCUGCAGCGGCAGAGCUCCCUGCUCUUUGCACGCGAUGGAUCCGCCACAUUGAGCACCGCCACCUCAUUGACCACGAAUACCAGCACAAACACCACCACCAUUUCAACGGGGGUGCAACCACCGGCCCCGCCGGAGGCUUUGAGUGGGCGUGGCCUGGCCAUUUCGCUUAGAAAUGCCCACCAGAAACUGAACACCAUGGAUCCCAAUUCGCCGGAGGUGCAGGAAUAUCUCUUCGACACGCUGCGCAAAUCCUUCGACAAUUAGGCAUUAGGCAGUGGGCUCCACUAGUAACAAUAGACCGUUGUUUAGGCCAAGUUUUAUAUAAAUGUACACGAAAACACACACACACACACACACAGCCCCCCCACACAAGCAAAACAUACCCACUAACACACACACACACACACACACUCAACGCGAAGGAGCAAAAGUUAGUCGAUUAAUUAGUUUAAGAAGGUGGAAUUUUUUUUAGCUCGAUUAGAAGAACAUUCUGUGAGAGAAAGUAAAACUAACAAAACAAAAAAAAAAAAAAAGCCUAGAAAACACAAUUAAACAGUGCAUGGCAUGGCCAUAAGGUAGUUUAAAAAACAAAAAGGGUUACAAUAUUCAAAAGAUUGUGCAGGCUUACAGUUUUUAGCCUUUCCUUUUUCAUUUCUUUACUUUUUAUUUCUUACUUCCGUUUUUCUUUACUUCUUAAACAAAAUUUGUUGAAUUUUUAAAUAAACAAAAAUGUUGGAAGAAAUUAAAAAAAAAAACUUGAUUUAACAAAAGAAUAUCAUCUUAUAUCUAAUACAAAAAUUACUAUACUGCAUACUUGUUUUUACAGAAUAUAAAACAACAAUUUUUUUUUGAGAAACCUAACUUUAAGCCGCCCUACGUUUAUGCCGCGCACUGUUGCUAGUCCCUAAGCUCGGCAAACUAUCGUUUCCAACUAUCUAGAAUCCUAGAUCUAAUGUACGAGUAUAAAUUGUCAACUAAACCGACUCUUUCAACUAAAUUAUAGGACACGGCAUACAAAUGGGUUUCUUAAGUGCGAGAUAAAAACAAACAAAAAAUGAGAAAACUAACUUCAACAAUGACAGAAAGACCAGAAUCUAAGCCAAAAAGUACAGUUGUGUUCAGACACUUCCCGAAAAGCCCAAAUCGAAUAUAUAUUGAAAUUCGUGAGAGAAGAAAAACCAUUUAUGAGGACAAUAAAUAUUAAUGAGAGGAGUACGAGAAAAAAAAUGAGCAAAAACUAUGUUCGAGACGAUUUUACCAAAGCAAAUUCCUUUUUGACACUGACAAACCAAAAUUAAAUUGAAAUUAAAUCAAGGCAAGGUAUAGAUGGGCGCUAGAUGGGCGUGGUUAUAAGCACAACAAUACCAGCAACGAUAACACUAAUAGAUUAAAUGUUCAAAUGCACUGCAAAAAGUAAAAGGAAAAUAGAAAGAAUACUUGUAUUUAAUUUAUAGAGCAGACACUUUAUUUUCAAUUUGAUUUGAUUUCAUUAACACCCCGCCCCUCUCACUCAGCAGUAGAACAUCUGGCGACAGUAUAUAUAUAUAUAAA